CUGUAUGAGGUAGACGACGACAAAGAAACAAACAUGGAGAUUGAUUGAGAGUGGAGGACGCGGCAGGGCGACGGUGCUCGUUCGCUGCCACGUCACGGCGCGCCCACAUCACACAACUCCGCUGCUACGCCUAUUUAAUACUAGUAUACUACUGCUCUCCUCCCUGCUCUCUAUUAACUUCAAACAGCUAAUCACUACACAAUCUAAGUCAUAAUUAAGUCGUCAUGGCCUCCAACUCCAAAUUGUUUCUCCUACUCUUUCUGUUUCUCUUGGCGGAGGCGGAGGCGGAGGCGAGAGGGGGAUUCUUGGUGGGUGGGCGGCGCCGAGUGGAAAACGUGGAGGACAACCAGGAGAUACAGGAGCUGGGCAGCUACUGCGUGCGAGAGUACAACCGUCGCCGACAGAGCGGUCGGCAGCUGGUUUUCAAUGGAGUGGUGGCGGCGGAGACCCAGGUGGUGUCGGGGAUCAAAUACUUCCUGCAGAUCUCCGCAGCAGAAGCAGAUGCAGAUGCACAUGCAAAUGGAAGUCCUAUUAAAAGUAGGAGGACCUUCGAGGCGGUGGCGGUGGUGAAGCCCUGGAUUCGCUCCAAGGAGCUGCUCCACUUUGCACCUCUCUCUCCUAAAUCCUCAUCCUCAUCGUAUAUCUGAAUAAGGACGAGACGACACACACUAGUGCUUGCUGUAAAGUAACGUAGUUGAGUUGAAUUUCGACUUUGUUGCUGUUGCUGUAAUAAAGUUUUGAUACAGAUCGAUCCAUGGAUCGAGGCGGCAGAGUAGAGCUAGUAGCUAGUAGCUAGCAGAGAAUGCGAAGUGAUAUGAUGUUUGUAAUUUUGGUGCCCAGACGAUGAGCAAUUAAUUAAUCAAUAAAACUGUACCUUUGAUUUAGAUUCA